AUGGUUGCAUUGAAGGCCAAUGUUAGGAGUCCUGUAACUCGGUGGGCAUCUAUUGCUUUUGGUGCUGGAGUUGGAAUCGGAUCUGCAUAUGCAGAAUGUUCUCGUCUAUUUGAUGGAUCUCCAACAAAAUUACCCUUACAUAAUGUCUCCGAAACUGCUUCUCAGUGUGAUGACUCCACGUGGUUUCGUUGUUGCCUCCGAGGUCGAGAUCAGGCCGUCCUUGAUCAAGAUCUGAGCGUCUGUGUCAGAGAUCAUUGCUCGCGCAUUGUUGCUUGUGUUCACGCCGCGUUGUGA